AUGUCGUCUGUGGUUGCUUAUCAAAUUUUUCUGUUUACAACAUUGUUAGUGGAUGGUGGCUGGAGUGAGUGGAGCUCCUGGAGUAUCUGUACCAAACCAGUUGGUGGUAUACAAACAAGACAGAGAGAAUGCACCAAUCCAGAACCAGCACAUGGUGGGAAACACUGCGAUGGGACCGGAGCAAUGCUAAGAGAAUGUAGCAACAUGUCCAGUUGCCAAGAAGGUAGCAUACAAAUUGUAGCCUUUCUGAUUUCAGUGGAUGAAAACUUCUUUGUUGAAACAAAAAUGAACUAAUUCAGGAAUAAAAGCUAUAAUAACAACAAAUGAAUGGAACUGCUAAGGUUGAACUUUAAUCACAUAAUCAUCCACGCAAAGUAUAUGAAAUGCACAAAUUAUCAAAAGUCAGGAGUUCAUUAUAAGUCAGAAAUCCUUCAUAAAUGCACAAACUUUGUACAUGUAUGGAAUUCACCAAGCUUUUCUUGAAAGAAACAAAACAAAUCUCCACUACCAUUAGUACUACAAUAUAGGUACUAAAUUCUUGGAAGAAGCUUUCGCUGAUAUUUGUGGUCGCUCUGUAAGAAGUCUGCACUAUCAGCGCAAUGGCGAUUACGAAUUUUGUUGGACUGCCCGUAAGCAAUACCUUUUUAGCUAAUCCGGUAGUGCUAACUAUCAUCUAAUGUUUAAAAAUGCGAGAGCCUCAGUUAUUAAUAACAUUUUGGCAUUGACCUGCUGGCAAAGAAAAUCAUAUUAGCUUAAAAGGAAAUUCUUCCCCCAUUAACUGAAAAGAAAUCUUUCAACAAUGCAAGGACUGCUGUUACUAGGGUAAUUAUAUGGGGACAUCAUCAACACAAGAACUUACCUAUGCUGAAGUAGUUCACGCUGUUUAUUGUUAUCCUUAUUUGUCAAUUUUUUUUAAUAUUUGAAGAAUUUCCCCUGCGUUUUGAAACAGAGAAGAACCCAUCUGUCGGUACAAUGAAGAUAUUCUCAAACAGCAGCUGGCAAAAGCUGUGUACCAGUCAAUGGGAUGACGCAGAUGAAAAUUCAACCUGCAUGGCCAUGGGCUACUAUAGCAACGCUGUGUAUGCUAAUGACACAAGGUACGCAGAACGUGGCAAUUCCUCAGAGAUGUCCACUCACUACAACUGUACCAUUCCCACCACAUGUCAAAACAACUUGGAAAAGAAACAACAAUUUUGCAAAGGUAAUAAUGAAUUGCACUCAUGUAAUAUCCACAUGAUCUCCAAAGAUGGUAACUUGAUAGAUUUACUCACACUCCAGAUAAGAAAAUUUUUCCGAGAUCAAUGAUUGUUCAUCUUCAGGUAUCUUUUAGGUUCUAAAAGGUAUCUAUCGCUAAAAAUGUAGCGGGUUUCUAUUGUUUACACCCUAAGACGAUUAUAGUUGAAUUACUGCCGAAAGAAGAACCUAGCUGCGCAGUUAUGCAUUUGGGUUUCACGAACUUCAUAACCUCCAAACCCUUCACCAAGUUUCCUUAAAACUAUUGCAUCCUUCUAGUUUCCUUUUUUCUCUCUCUCUCGUGUAACUAGGGAAUUUCACAAUUUUUCACCCUAUUUAUACUUAACUAAACGCCUUUUUCUUGAUUAUUCCGUGAGAAAUGCUUUAAAAUGACUUUCUUGUUUAAAAUGUAAAUCACCCUUUUGUGUUCUACGAAGGCAAAGAAAACACGUCUUGAAUGUUCCAAAAUUGUUGAAAAAACAUCUAAUUUUACAAUUUAAAACGCAGUCACGAAGCAAUGAAAAAGAGGUUUGUCGUAAAACAUUGCAGCAAGGAAACCAUAUCGUGACAACGAACGAUGCGGCCAACGUUCGAAUACUGAAUGAUUUGCACCCGAAUUUCCCUUAAAAACACUUAGACAGGCGUGAGCUAUUUAUCAUUUCAUGAUUUAUAGGCAUUCUUGAUUCAUGAUAAUUAGUGUUUUCCAUCUUAACGGAUUGAACUUUUUGUAAUUUCAUAAGUUCCUGUUCGCUUGAAUGGCGCAAAUGUGGAGUAUGGAGGAAGAGUGGAAGUGUUUUACAAGGGGAAAUGGGCAAAGAUAUGUAGGAAUAAAUGGGACUUUAAUGAUGUCAAAGUUAUUUGUCGUCAACUUGGCUUUGAAGAGGCUUUGGCGGAAUUCAUUGGGUCAGACAUAAAGGCUGAGGGAAUACCUUUUGCAAUGUCCGAUGUCUCUUGCACCGGGGAAGAGUUUGAACUUGCAUCAUGCGAUCGCAUCGAUGGAAAGUUAAAUAUUCCACCUCAAUGUCAGUCGGAUGACAAGGGUUCUCAAGCGCUGUGUCAACCAAGUAAGCAACUAAAUUUUUUGGUCUGAUUAGGUAUUCUGGUUUUCGUGGUUAUUUUUCUUCUUGCCAUUGACCUUCUAAAGUAGAGGGAAAUCAGAGUAAAUUGAGAUACACAGAUGACUAGAAGACCAUUUCUAAAAACAUUCUGCUAAAGUAUGACUUGCGGACAAGCAUAUACCUGUUCGCAGACUUUACGCUCAAGAUAGCGACAUGACAUCGACUGGGGAUAAAAUGACUUAGUUUAGUUUAGGGUAAAAAUGACUCAGAUGAUUUUGAUUUUAUCAACCGAGUUGAUAAUGUUAAUUUGCCCCCGUAAAGAGUUUCAAAGCUGAAUUUCGAGCGUUAGCCCUUUGUCAUGGCGGGUGUUAUACUCCCCCACGGACGUAGCACCACAGUUUCUUAAGAGAGGAUGUCAGCAUCCAUAGAACAAAUUUGAAAUAUUGUGGCAAGUCGCCAAAAUUCGUUUUCUCUCCGACUUUCAUAUUUUGUAGCCCAAUAUGUCCUAGAUAAUUGUCCGACAUACUUUUAUUAUGUCGAAAAGUAGCACCAAAACAAAGACAGUGACCGAUAUAACAGAAUUUACUGAGCUUCUAGCUUUUAAAAGACAAAAGGAUGGUUAUAAAGUUACUGUAAAAAUUUCCUUGUGUAUUUGUGUUGUUCUAUCGUGAGACGAACUCAAAGUCCGGCAUUAAAUUUAGGGUCUGUUUAGAUGGAGGUGGGGGACCUCAGGUCGCCUGUCAAUAUAAUUUCUUGUUUUAUUUUGAUCACGUUUGCAUGAUAGGUGGGGUAGGUAGGGUAACCCUGUCAGCAAUUUGCUAUGUAAACGUCUCAAGGCGGGGUAACCCGCCUAGCCGGGGUAGCGUUCAUGACAAAAAGCUCAAAAGCGAAAUAUGUAUGUUUUAAAACUUUGUACAUACCCUAGCCGUCUCAUGGCAGAAAUCAUCAGAAACCGUAACGGACACACAAGGAGUGUAAAAUGUUCACAUUUCGAAAUAUUUAGCGUUCCCAAAAUAUUCCGUUUAAAGUAUUAAGUCAACGGUUCCUCGCGAAACCAAACACCGCGUAAUACAACGUGUGACGCUUUCAUGAACAAAUACAUUUGUGAGCGAGGAUUAAUUUUCCAUCUUUUUCGAGAUGUGAGCUUGGGACACCUCUGGGUAGACUCCCUAAUUGCAAGCGCAACAACAACCUCAAGAAACCUCACCCCAGCACCCCGGGGUUUUAAGAUUGCAUGUAAACGCGUUUUAUUUUUCGACCACGGUUAGGCGGGUUACCUCACCUACCUGGGGUCCCCCACCUCCAUCUAAACAGGCCCUUGCCUACUUGUCGCCAUCGUUUAGUAGCAUAAAUCACAACAAUUUGUAAACAAAUAUCUGACAUAACACUCUUACCCUAUUUAUUUAUGACUUUAUUAGCUGUUUCGAUGAUCAAAUUAUGCCCUACCUCAUUUUAGCCAGAUUUAAAAUCUUCUCCACGUUAUUAUAUCAGUUGCAUGACAAGCGUGACACAUAAAUUCAAGGAUGAGUCAACCUCCGAAUUACCAAGAGAUAGGUUUUUUUCCCCUCUUUGCAUAUCUGCAUAUCUAUAAAAACCUUCCAAGAAUUACUGUAUUCAGAAAACUAAAAUAUCCAGAUCCAUCCAUGGUUCCUUUGCCGGUGGAAGUCAAAGAAUGUUCACAAAAGUCAAUUCGAUUGACAAGCUCCAUACUGAUUUAGUUAAUUGUUCUGUUGUGUAAGCGUCUCAUCUUACAUGCCAACAUGGAGAUUUGCUGUUCAUUUAAAUCGUUCGCUGGUGGGACUUUUGGGUAUCGUUAUCGAGAAGACCGACGUUGCAUAUCUCAGGUCGUUCCCUUGCGUAGUUGUAAAAAAGACAUUUCAAGUCACUUGCGGAGAUCCAGAAACUGAAGUUAAUCUUAUUUUGUCGCGAGCCGGCAUCUUCGAGACACCAAAAGAUACCGAUAAUUUCACAAUCUGCCCCACUCGUAGAUCAAAUAUCGGUACCGGUGUUGGGUGCCUAAAGAAGUGUACGGCCGUGGUAAAGGUAGGGUUGAGUCGAUUCCAAAAGCUGAUUGGAGAAUUGGCAAGCAUGUAUCACAGAUAGUACGCAAGACGUCUGGAAAAUUCACUGUACCACCUUGUGCAAAAUUACGCGUUCCGUCAGACUUAGGUCUCGAUUGGGAAUUGGUCAAUACACACCCUGUCAGCACCCAGUAACCCGCUUUUAACUGCUACGCCGCUACUGAAACAACGAUUAGUAGCCACAAAAGUGACACAUUCAAAUAUUGUCAAUUCAACAUAAACAAAAAUCUUCAUACAGGGUAAAUAUUCAUUUUUGUUGGGAUCAAUUAUUGCGUGACUAGCUUAUGAUAUAAAUGGGGUAGGGGAAAACACAACUUAAAACCUGGGCUCCUGGCAAAAAGUAAUACCGAAGCGUAAUAUAGUAACCGAAACAGCUUCUUGGUCUUAAAAAAUCAUAAGUAAACAAGGUAAGAGUGUUAUGUUCGAUUUUUUUUUACAAAUUGUAGUGAUUUAUGCCAAUAAACGGUGGCGACAAGUAAGCAAAUUUUGCCGGACGUUGAGUUCGUCUCACGAUAGAACAACACAAAUACACAAGGAAAUUUUUACAGUAACUUUAUAACCAUCAGCAGAUUCUGUUAUAUCGGUCAUUUUUGAAACUGUCUUUGUUUUGAUGCUACUUUUCGACAUAGAAAAAGUAUGUCGGACAAAAAUAUUUACCAAAAAAUAAAUAUUUCUUUGCUAGCUUCAAUACUGAGAGGGAUUAAGUUUCGAUGAUGAAAAAAGAUUAUGUUGACAGAAAUAUCGGAGGUCAAGUAAAUUCGUUACAUGAGGUCACGCACUCGGGUGAUAUUCACGGUGAAAAUUUGCAUAUUUGAGCGGUCGAACGAAAAAAUCAUUUCUCGAAAACUAAAAUAUAUUUUCACGAAAAAACUACACCAAAAUUAUAACGACAUAUUGGGCUACAAAAUAGUAGGAGUGAAAGCAACUUACCCUCCUCAUUGAUGAUUCAGCUUGGCAUAUCUUUCAUGAAUGUAAUCUGACUGCUCAUAAGAUCACUUGACUUCAGUUAAGGGUUACCUAAUUUCUUUUAACGGGUGACAUAACCUUUUUUGGAUGCGAUAUAAUUCUAUUCAAAGGUUACAUUACUUUGGUAAUGGCUGACAUGACUUUCUUUGGAGUAAUAUAACUUAGUUUUAAGUACAACAAAGUUCCAAAAAUUUCUCAAGUUAAGCUUUAUUAAAGGUAAAUAUAUUCAACUUUUCUCUUCUUGUAGUGUUGAUUACACAGAAUCUGACUUAUUUUGACAUCUUCCACACCGAACCCAUUUUUUUUUUUUUUUGCAGAGAACAAGAAUGUGUUGAAAAGAAAUGAACUCUAUUUUGAUAUUGGUAGCAGAGAAAAGCUUCAUUGCUCUAUAAACAAUAAAACCAAUUACGUUAGAUGGGUCAUCAAUGGGCGAAAGCUUGAAAUAACAAACUCUACUUCUGAAAGGAUCAAGGCUAAAGACAAUGGUGAUCUGUUCAUUGAUGAUGUGCAGCUGUCUGAUGGAGGAAUAUAUGAAUGCCAGAGAUUGGAAUAUGUUCAAUAUUACAUUGUCUACAUAAAUGGUAUGGAAACACAUCUUUUUAUCUUGUAGAAAUAGGCUUAACAUGCAGGGCAAUGUCAUGUAAGACAAGUGCACUUCUGACCUUUCAACAGUAUAGCUACGAUAUUAGUGCUUUUCGUUACUGCUUUCAACAGCAAGAUUUACUCAGAAGACGUUGGACCAACAAACCUUUAUUGCGUACACGUCUGGCAUUAUAAGCUGUAGUGCUGAUGGAACACCAAGUCCACAGAUUUCUUGGAGUAAGAAAGGAGGAAAGUCCUUAGACCCGAGACGAUUCACUCCAACAUCCAACGGCAGCCUGCGUAUUGGUUUUGUAAAGCCUGAAGACGAUGGAACAUUCAUCAUCUGUACCAUGACACAAACUAAAGGACCACAGAGGGUCUCAAGCAGAGAGAAAAAACACACUAGUGACAGUUAUAAGUGAGUGACUAAUGAGAUAAUAUAUAGAAAGUCACAAAGUCAGUCCUUCAAAUGUAAUUAAUUUAAUUUACUCAUUUUCAAAACCUUUUCGCUGCUCAUACUCACAAGUACGUGAGGUUACAUUUUAUCGUGAAUAUGUUCGUUUUCGUUGUUUGAAAGUAGGGUUGUCAUGUUAAAAAAUUAUACUUAGGUUAUUUGUGAACGGUGUAGUUUCCUCGUCAUGACUCAAAGUAAGUGCCCUGUGACGAAGUUUAUAGUUUCUUUUCAAACUGGUAAUGUGCCUAAAUCGACUUCGGUUGGUCUUGGUGACAAAUUCACUUUCUGAAUGCAGUAUAAUCGUUUGUCUCGCCAUGAAGAUACUUUGGAUAUGGAUCGCGACUUUUUGACUGCAUAUUGUGUCUUCUUCCUGUUAUAAGGUCGGUAGAUAUGCAUGACCUUAUGAAACUCUCUGUUUGGCUGUGAUUGACUGGAAUCCCACACAGGUUUCGAUUGGCACACUUUGACCAAAUGUUCUUCCGGAGUCCACUGUCGCAAAGUUAUCCUGUUUUUGUGUUUCUUGUGGUCAGCAUUCAUAUUUUUGGGAUGUCUAUCCCAAUGUCCAAUUUAUGCUGUAACAGUCUCAUGUGGAUGGCCUCUUUUACCCUGCGUUUAAUAAUAACAGGAUCACUAUCAAUAUACUCUACCUCAGUCCAGAGCAGGUGGUUUCCACGUGUCUCCUGAAACUGCAGAGGCCUUUGUCUUAGCAUGUCGUUUCUCGAUCUGCCAUAUUGCUCGUUGAACCUUACUUCCAUAGGUCUGCCUGCUCCGCCGAUCUAAACUUUGCCGCACUCACAUGGAAUCUUGUAAACCACGGGCUCUUGUUUUAAAGAUGCAGUGCCAUGGAUGGCGGGUGUGUUGUUACUAUUUGUAACAUCAGUGAAGUGAAUGAGAUGCUCUCGGUUCUUCAAAUGCUGUAGGAAGCCAUCAGCGUUUUCGCGAACCAAGAUUGUGAAUGUGUCAUAUGCAUAACGUUUCCAGAUCCUUCGCUGGUAAGAUGAUAAGGUUAUCGAUUGCUCCUAUAACUCUAUAUGUGGAGAUUAGCAAUAACGGCGGAGACCAUACUUCCUAUGGCUGCGCCUUCUGUCUUACGUAGACUGGUGGUCCGAGAUAAUAGGAGUAUGUAGACCUCAAUACGAAGUUCGAAAGGUUCGCGAUCUGACAAACGAUUAUACUUCAUAUUAAGCGCUACUGUCAUCAUCAAAUGUUCAUUUAGUUACUGCGUCUAAUGUGUUCAAUGUAAAUGAUAUAGUAACACCUCCGAUUUUCCAGUAAUAUGUUAUUUAUUUACCUUUAAGUUCGACCAAAAGUUUGUAUUUCUGGAGCAAGCAAUCUCAUCAUAGAAGGAAGCAAUGUAAACUUGACGUGUAAAGUUGUGGAAGGUCGGCCUGAACCACGGAUCACCUGGCUCAAGAAUAAUACAUUGCAAAGAGAGAGUUUGUCUCUCUUCUUUUCUAAGAUAACAAAGGAGGACGAAGGGCGGUACACUUGUAAGGCAGAGAAUGAAGCAGGAAAUUCUACCAAAGACAUUGACAUUUCUGUAAAGGGUGUGUUUGUAAAGCUCAACUGUAUUAUAAAUCAAUCAUGCAUUUGAUAUGCCUACGGAAAGCGAAUCAAUAGCCAGUGGGCCUGACUCUAGAUCAAGGUUUCUGGGUCUGAGCCAAGGGUAAGGUAAUUGUAGAAAACUAUCAGAAAGAUUUUAAAAAAUGCAAGGGCUUUCAGCUAUUAUCUGCGACUGAAUCACCAGUGAGGACCAGGUCCUGGAUGAAUAAUUUUUUCAGAACGCUUCCUUAGUUAUUUAUUGCGAAGAAUUGGAAGGUCUUUAUAAUUGUUCCUUUGUUCCCGCUAUAAUAAUUUGAUGAUAUCAUGGCUAAGUUAGUAAUAUAGCCUGACUGACAUGGUUUUUGGAUGGAUUUGUUUGAUAUGGUAAAAAAGUGGCUCGUUGUCUUCUUCUCCUUCUUUUUUAAUGUUUUUUAUAAUUGUAAUUUUUUUUUUUUUUUUGGGGGUGGGGGAGGGGGCGGAAGGUUGGGUGGCUUCUUAUUUUGUAAUUUGUGUUUACAUGCUUACUUUGCAGUUCCACCCCAUGUUCGUGAUGAGUCUAGAAAUCUCACCAUUGAAUUUGACUACCCUUUUAUUAGAGAGUGUUAUUUCAGAGGUGACCCACAAGUAUCUGUCUACUGGACCAAGGAUGGAGUGCUAAUUAGUAAAAACAACACCUUGGUUAUAAGACAAGCGACGUUUAAAGAUAAAGGCUAUUAUGAAUGUACUGCUAAAAAUGAUUAUGGCGAAGCAAACUCUUCCUUCUGGAUCGAUGUCACAGGUAAACCCAAAAUUGUAGUUUAUGUCAUUUAUCAAACUUGUAACUUAACAGAGCGUUAGUUUUAAAGUUUAAGCCAAAUUUAAAUAGACCUAUUUUUUUCUCUUUUCAUCCAUUUCCUGGUGACUUAGAGUUGAUUCUGACUUACAGACACACAGAUUGUAAAUGAAGAUAAAUCCGUAACCAAAGAAAUGAUUAAAAACACCUCCCGCUAUUAAGGAAUUCCAAAUCCUGUGGUCCACUCUAACAUUUUUAUCCUUGGACGCAUGUCAAAAUACUCAAUUUGGAGACGUCAAAUAACAGAUUUCCUUUUUUUUUAUCACAGAAUGCAAAUGUUUCACAUUGUUUUGAUCAUCAUUGCCUAAUGACUUUUCAAAUUCAAUAUAUACUGCUAAAAAAAAUAAAACUGAUAGUCAUUAAACAUAUAGGUUUUUAACAUCACACUCAACAACCAGAAAGAUCAAAUUGCUCUAUGAGCAAACUCGGGAAUUGACACAUGAUUUUUUGGAUUAUGUUAUCUGGUUUAGGGAAUUUUGUGGUUGAUUGUCAUAUCUAGAGUACGAGCAGUAGUUCAGUGUUCGCUAAUGUAGCAAAGAAACAAAGUAACGUGGGGAUAAGAAGGCAUUACAGUUGAAAUGAUCAUGCUAUUACAUUUGACAAGGGUGGAUGAUGUCAUGUGUUUUAAACGUAUAUCAUUUUUUUUCUGGUUCAAAAGAAAAGGUUGAAAGUAAAUGUGUGUGAAAAGUGAAAUUUACUGUCUAUCAUUGUAAAUAUUAGAAAAUCAAGGCAAUACUGUCUUAAUGAAAACAUUAAAGAUUCCCUCUUUAUCAAAUGAGACAAACGGGAACGAGUUUUGAGUGAUAUAACUAAGCCAAGACUGUCACCGUCAUUUUGGAUCUCCGCCUGGGUAGAUUUUAGUCACGUGCUAGGCAACGUAUAAUCAAUAACAAGAUAGAAUUUCAUUUCAGGCCUGUUUAUCAAUUUUGUGGUGUAUAACUUUCGCAUUUUAGUACAUAAAAUGUAUUUUGAAUCUUCAAAUUGUCUUGAAACUUAAAAGAAAAUUGUUCUUUAAAAAUUCACUGAAAAUCGGUAGCUAAAAUUGUUUGUUUAGGUGUUAUUUGAUUUUCGUGUUAACUUGUAAUUUCGUCAGUCCCCGGCACCUUUUGUUGCUUCACACAGGAAAAACAAAUUUUGUCCUCAACUCACGCCAUAACAGAAAAAGCUUUUGAACAUCUGUAAACUCCGAGCGCUUCGCAGUAAGUGAUAUUUUCAAGGAAUCUUCGGAUUGUUUUCAAGUUCAAGGAUUAUAAAUUACAAUUUUAUGAAAAACGAAGGUUGUCUGUUAUUUCAGUGUGAAUCUUUGCAUGCCUGCCAGUCGCUGGCGCCGCUUGUUGAAACUAAAACGAAAAAAAACUCCUUUAAGAUUAUCAUUGGCUUCUUUUUCACCCCACCACUAUUCUUAGCAACAAAGGUCGCUAUUCCGUUUUUUUAUUGCUCGCCAAAAACUAUCAAAUGCACUCAAAAGCCUAAAAUCGAAAAAAAGUUUACAGGAAUCUGUUUACGCGCAAUUCACGAGUUAAAAAAAAUGAAGGUUAUUGGCACAACUGGGACAACUUAUGGCAAAACAAUAUCUUUUUUUUAUUCUGAACGCGAAGAAAACCUUUUUAAAAAAAAAUUGACCUUGGUUAAAAAUAGACUUGAACAUCGCGUUUCUUGUUUUGAUUUUGUUGUUGUUGUUGUUUCGUCGUUUUAUCAAAGGUUAGAUAAAUGGGGUUAAAGUGGAUUAUACAAACCUUAUUAAUUUUGGAUUUUUUUUUAUUGAAGUAUUUCCACAGAUUAUAGAGCCUCCGAUAAACCAGUCUGUUACUGAGGGAAACUCUGUGAACUUUAGUUGCCGAGCCACAGGUGUGCCAACACCAACAUUAGUCUGGGUUUUUAAUAAUGGUGACCUGCCAUCUGGUAUCAAUCAAUUCAAUGACAAAGGAGAAUCAUUCCUGGAAUUUUUAAGCGUCACAAAAGGGAUGGAAGGGACUUACAAGUGUGAAGCGAAAAAUAAAGCAAAUACAACUAGUUCCUCUGCAACACUGCGUGUAUACGGUAAGUUUAAUGAUAAUGACGAUAAUGAUGACGAUAACGAUAACGAUGACGCUGACUUUGACGAUGAU